CUUUUAUUUGUAAAUGGUUGUAAAAACCUUGUGCGUCUCCCAAUUAACAGCAUUCCUCUAUUGCAAAAUUUACGCAAGCUUGGAAUUGGUGGUCCAAUGGUGGAAGAUGAGAUUUUAUCGAGGGAAGAAAAACUCCUUGAAUUGCCCCAUCCAACGAAUUCAAGCACUGCAUUACAAGUGCUGAAUCUUCCAAAUUGUCCCCAAAUAGAAUCAAGUUUCUUUCCAAAAUCAAGUUUCUUUACUGUGUUUAAUUCCUCAGCCACUUUGAACAAGUUAAUUCUAUCAGAAAGUGAGAUGGUUAGCCUUCCCACGUGCAUCAAAGGAUUUGUUGCACUCAGCGAACUCUACUUGCGGGAUUGCGAGAAACUUGAAGAAAUCUUAGAACUUCCACCAAAUAUACGUAGUGUAGAUGCUACAGGAUGCAUGUCGUUACAAAGAUUUUCUGAAGUAUCAAGAAUAUUGAAAUUCAAUGGAAGUCACAUCAGGUCUCUAAGAAUGAUUCAAUUGGGUGGAUGCGAAAAAAUGCAUGAGAAGAUUUGGAAUUAUAAAGUGCCAAAUCCUUUACUGUGCAAGAGACAUUAUAAGGCCACUGCGUUAUUUGAAAAUGAGAUUCCAGAGUGGUUCCGGUAUCAGAAAGAAUUUGUAGAAAAUGAAAUUGCCAAGAGUGGGAAUGAUGAUGAUUUCCAACUCAGGAAAAAUGAAGAAUGGGUAAUAAAUAUUGAGGGGCCACAUUAUUUGGAAGAUAUAAGUGGGAUUGUAGUAUAUGCCCUUGUGUUUAAUAAAGAAGCUCAUGAAAGUUCAGAUUUUAUUUAUGAUGCUGAGAUAACCAGUAACAACUCCAAUCAUGUACGCCGUAUCGAUUUCUAUGAAGUGGUCAAUUUGAUUAAUAUUUAUUAUACAACUGGAAGCGGAUAUGACGUAAAGGUGGGGUACUCCGAUUUAGAAUCGUUUGAGCUAAAGGUUUUGGACAAUUUGAGAGUUCACCUUCGUCCUCAUCCCAAUGUUUGGGAUCCUUUGCUGGUACCCUUUUAUAGAAGUUGCGGAGCCAAUGUUGUAUACAAGGACAAGAGCAGAGCACAUAAAAGAAGAAAAAUGGAUUGAAUUAUUUUGUGAUUUUCAGUAGUCUUGGAAUCCAAUCCGUAGCCUUACAUAGAAGAAAAGAGGGAUUCUUAAACUGGGGGCAUCGAACUUCCAAAUCUGGUGGAAAAGGACUAUGAUGAUCCAAAGAGAUAGAGUGAUUCGUUGCGGUGAUAGUGCCAUUGAUGACUUGCCCUGUUUUUUCUUUUACACUGGUGAAAAAGUCAUCAUCAAUUGUAUGUUUAAUUGAAGUGAUGGACGUACCCUAUUGAAGAUAUUUCUUUGUGGACCCUUACCGUGUGACUGAACAAAGGAAUCCAACAACAACAAAAAGUAGAGGAAGGGCUAAUUAUAUAUUUCUUUCUUUGUUUUUAAUGUUACUUUACAGCCUACCAAACUUGACUUCCUAACAAUUAGAUGAAACCCAGUUUGUGGUUUUGGCGUCGUGGGUCAGACCACAUUACUUUUGUGACAAUUAGUGAUGUUUUUUCAAUGUCUAACACAGUAUAUGGACUGGGUGUGUCCCAUUCCAUC